AUGCGGAACAUUGUUCCAUUCUGGGAGACAUGCAGAGGCAAUGUCUCCCAGAAUGAGACACUGCGACCGACAGGAGUGCACAAUACACUCUUGUCGGUCAAACUUCCGCGUUCAAGUUAUCAAUGCGGAACAUUGUCUCAUUCGAGGAGCCCUCGAAAAGAACCUCACAUCGACUCUCUCUUUCCGGCAUCUUUACCGCAUAGAAAACUGCUCGUUCGCAACUUUGUGUGCAAUCUAAGAGAUGAUUGCGGUAAAGAUGCCGGGAAGAUUGAUGCUGCAGCCCCAGGCCGCACUCAGAUUUCAUCCCGCUACACAAUUGUUCAUCCAACAACUGUCAUAGAGGUUGAAAUUUUCGACCAGAAGUGA